AUGGAACACGCCCUCCACCUACCGAGCAGCGAUAACAUGCUGCAACUUCGAAAUCCUCGUGGCAAGCGCACCAGACCCCAUGACGCAGCAAAGCCCCCAGCACAAGGCAUAGGGCUCCCAGGUCGGCGAACUGAACAAUCUACACCGUCCAAGUCCGAGGACCCGAAGACGAUGUCGGACACCGCGGCGCGGAGAACCAAACCCACCAAGCUCCCACUCCCUAAAUCCCCCGGCGACAAGACCAAAGAAUCUGCUGGAACACGACUUGCCGUGACUGAAACCAAGGAACAAGAAGGCGAUCGCACUAUUCGUCCAAAGAGAUCUCUUGGGGCGUUGUCACUUGCUGCGCCGAAGCAGGCCGAGAAAGGAGGCGAUCAAUACUGGCGUAAAGUGCGAGACAGGUUCGAGAGGGAAAUACCAGCUCCGUUGCGCAGUAAGGAGAAGCACAAGGAAUACUAUCAAGAGGCAUACCGGAAGAUCGUGUCAUUGGCUACUUCACCCAGGCAAGAGAUUGCUAACUAUAAGUUGAGAUUAACGGGAGGUAUACCCCGGGAUGACAAGUUACAUACACGACCCGUCGGCUUGCGGAAAGAUGUUCCAAACCUACAUCUUGACAAUCGACCUUCUCCAGGAACAAACUUCUGGAAAUCCGAGACUACUCAAGCCGUUGGUCAAAGAAAACGCCCAAAUACCGGAGAACGAGGGCCAGGUUUGCCGACCACUGAGACCACGCAGCCACCAACAUCCGAGAAAACAGAUGUAACGACCGACUCAUCCGACCAGUCAUAUCCGAUAUCACCAAUAUCAGCACCUGCAAGUUCAGUGACCGACUGGGAGGAUCGGUUUGUUGUCAACAUGCCGUCAGCGAGAGAGCCAAAUCCUUUGCAUUUGAAUGCACAGCAGAUUUCCAAGUUCCAGCAGAGCAUCGAGAGGGUUCACAAAGAGGGUGGAACAAUGCUCGAUCCUGAGACGCUUCCAAGCCCCCGCGCCGGGGAACCACCUCGUUAUUAUAGUCCUGAUGAAAUUGGAAAGCCACGGUUCAGCACGAUUUGGGAAGAGUCACCUGGGCAGUCGACCAACACGCCUUUUGCAGCUAACGCCGACGGCUCUUUUUUAGGAUGCAAGGAGAUCAACGGACCGAACGACAAGAACCCGGACGAGAUUUUGCUUUUUUCGACCACGGACGAGCGCCCCAGGGUCAUCGACAUUCCAGGCCCCAAAUCCAAGAUUCCCAGAGAAGGAAGAAGAGCCACGACACACGCCCUCACACCAGCAGCCCAAGAAAAGGCGCCCCCUCAGCAAGAUCGAAACCCAACUUCACAGAAUUCGAACCUUGCCCAAUGCUCGAAGCAGUUGCCCAAGACGAUGUGCAAGGACACCAAUUGUCGACUGCCACAGAAGUCCGAAAAUCUCUCGAAAGAGAAUGUUUCGAAACUCCCUCUGAAAGAAAACCGGGCACCUCAGGCAAACACGACGACAAAGACUCACGAGCAAAAGCCACACCGCAAGUCCGACGAUGUAUUCAUUAUCACACCCACUAUCACACGCACUAUGGUUACGAUGACAGACCUGAGGGCCCAUGCUCAAAAGACCCCGGGCACACAGGAGCCCACAUCUCGAGCCGCAGGAGAGAUCAUCACAGGCACACGGACAAAGUCCCAGGCAGGCUCAUCCACGGCAGGCCUGCGACGAGUGAGGCAAAACUCGUGGGAAAGACAGACUGCAACUUGCACACCAUCCUCCAAACCGACCUCUCCAAACUCAGUAAGCCCAAAGGCAACAUCACCGACACAGAUACCCACCAUCAAACCUCGGGGCACAGAAACCGAACGCCGAACGUCGGACAAGCCAAGGCCUAUACGUGGAUUCAUCCGUACGUCCGGGGCGUCAAAGGCGAUAAUAGAAGGCCCGAGCAGUCUUCCGCGAGGUAAUCCUCCUCCACAGAAUCAUCCACCUUGCCUGGCACCUGGAAUGGCAAGCGCAUCAGCUGCUCCAGAUGUAUCGCCUUAUAUCGGGACUACAUCGUCUGGUCCCGAAAUCUCUCCCCAGAAUUCUAUCAGUCGAGACGGAUCGGAGGAGAGACUUUCACCUCGCGAACUCCAGAGCUUCGAAGUGGCCGAAUUGGACGGACAGCAAGUUUAUGAGACACCUCGAGAAGAAGGGGUAUUUCAUUUCAACGUCACGGACUUCAAUGCUGAUAUCCUCGGGGACCCAGCGAAGCAAUCCGAGAGCGGUACGAAACGGCCCGAAAGCACGGAGGAACCAGCCGACGACCAGCCCAUAUGGACUCUUAUCAAAGACGCCAUCAUAGACUCCGCAAUACAGCUUCAGCAACUCUACAGCCAAGUGAUGGUAAAUCGCGACAACAAAGCGAUGCUGGUCCGCAUUGCUUUCAACAGCAUUCUCAUGAUGAUAGAGCACUGCCUUCUGGUGCUCAAGAAUUUCCUAGCAUUCCUCUCCCUCUACAACUCCACCGGUGCCUGGCCCAGACCGUCCCGAAAGGACCUGGUCCGCUCGCUGAUCGACCAUUGCCAGGCCGCGCUGUACAUUGUUACCCUGGGAUUCUGCAUGAUGAUCAUCGGUCGCGCAGCGGGCUAUGUCGUCCUCGUGAGUACAUGGGUCAUUUGGUUCGCGAAACCGUUUGCCUGGUUCUUCGGAGCCCUGGGUCGGGCAUUGUGUUGA